UUAUUUAUAGGACAAAAUUAUAAUAUAUUUUUUCAAAAAAAACUAAACAGACACAUGACUGAGUCAACUGGAUUAGACUCAUCGUAAUAUAUUAUUUCUUGGACUAUCGUGUAUUUCCUACUUUUAUUUUUCAACUUUUUCACGGAUGUCAAGUCCAAGGGAAACUGCCCUUGAUUUUAUUUUUUUACUUUUUCACCGGAAUCUUGUCUCAUCUGUGUGCGGAAUCAUGGACUGGAAUCAUUUCAAACCGAAUUCAAAUAUAAUCCAAACCUCCCCUCUCGAAGAAGAACAAAAACAUGGCGAUUCUAUCACAAUCAACACCACCAAUGGCUCUGAUUCACAGUCUCCACUCCGUUCCUCAUCACAAAACCCUAGAAUUCAGUAGUCUCACACCAAAUUAUUCUAAAUCAGUUUCUUUAACACGGUUUGAGGGUUUUGAGUUGCAAAGGAGAAAGAAAUUAGGUAAACUGAAAGAGAGGCAAAGGAGAACUGGAGGAGGGACGACGAAAUCAGUGUUGAGUGUGGAGAAAAAUGUAAGUAGUAGUGAUAGUGGAAAUGAAAAGAGAGAGACUUAUGAUGCUAUUGUUAUUGGUUCUGGAAUUGGUGGAUUAGUUGCUGGUACACAAUUAGCUGUAAAAGGAGCUAAUGUUUUAGUGUUGGAAAAGUAUGUAAUUCCCGGUGGAAGUUCUGGUUAUUAUGAGAAAGAUGGAUACACUUUUGAUGUUGGAUCAUCUGUCAUGUUUGGUUUCAGCGAUAAGGGUAAUUUGAAUUUGAUAACUCGGGCAUUGGCAGCAGUAGGGUGUGAGAUGGAAGUGAUACCAGACCCGACGACUGUUCAUUUUCAUCUACCUAAUAAUCUGUCUGUUCUAGUACACAGAGAAUACAAUGACUUUAUCACGGAACUUACUAAUAAAUUUCCUCAUGAAAAGGAGGGGAUAAAUAAAUUUUAUGGUGUAUGCUGGAAGAUAUUUAAUGCCUUGAACUCAUUGGAAUUGAAGUCCCUCGAGGAGCCACUUUAUCUUUUUGGACAAUUCUUCCAGAAGCCUCUCGAGUGCUUGACUCUUGCUUAUUAUCUGCCUCAAAAUGCUGGAGCCAUUGCACGAAAGUUCAUACAAGAUCCCCAGUUGUUAUCUUUCAUAGAUGCCGAGUGUUUUAUUGUGAGCACAGUUAAUGCUUUGCAGACACCGAUGAUCAAUGCGAGCAUGGUGUUGUGUGACAGGCAUUUUGGUGGAAUCAAUUACCCUGUUGGCGGUGUAGGCGGCAUUGCAAAAUCCUUAGCCAAAGGCCUUCUUGAUAAGGGAAGUAAUAUAAUGUACAGGGCAAAUGUUACCAGCAUUAUACUUGAGGGUAAAAAAGCUGUAGGAGUUAAACUUUCAGAUGGAAGAGAGCUAUUUGCAAAAACUAUCAUAUCAAAUGCAACUAGAUGGGAUACCUUUGGAAAGCUUUUGAAAGGAAAUGAGCUUCCAAAGGAGGAGGAAGAAUUCCAGAAAGUUUAUGUCAAAGCACCGUCAUUUCUUUCCAUCCACAUGGCGGUUAAAGCAGAAGUGUUGCCGUCAGACACAGAUUGCCACCAUUUCGUUCUUGAGGAUGACUGGACCAGCUUAGAAAAGCCAUAUGGAAGCAUUUUCUUGAGCAUUCCAACUGUUCUUGAUUCAUCCUUGGCUCCAAAAGGACAUCAUAUCCUUCACAUAUUCACAACAUCUUGUAUUGAGGACUGGAAGGGACUUCCCCAGAGAGACUAUGAUGCAAAGAAGGAAAGUGUGGCAGAUGAAAUCAUCAGUAGAUUGGAAAAUAAACUUUUUCCAGGGCUUAAAUCAGCCAUUGUUUUCAAAGAGGUAGGGACACCCAAGACGCAUAGGCGCUUCCUUGCUCGAGAUGAUGGUACAUAUGGACCAAUGCCACGUAAAAUUCCUAAAGGCUUAUUGGGGAUGCCAUUCAAUACGACUGCUAUAGAUGGGCUCUACUGUGUUGGGGAUAGCUGCUUUCCAGGACAAGGUGUCAUAGCUGUGGCCUUUUCAGGGAUUAUGUGUGCUCAUCGAGUAGCUGCUGAUAUGGGGCUCGAGAAGAAUUCCCCGAUAUUAGAUGCCGCCUUACUUAAACUUCUUGGCUGGUUUAGGUCAAUGGCAUGAAGAAUACAUGCUUUAUAACAAGUCUCUUGUAAAUGGCCUAGCAACAUAAAUGAGAAGUCAGAUACUUUUACAGAUUACAUAAACCACAUUUUAUGGCUGCUUCCAGCCAUGAUACCGGUGUGCCGAGAAUACAUAGCCGUCUUAUAAGCAGAGGUAACUCCUACCAAGCAUCAGAUAGAACACGUAGGUUCUUGUACAGGCUUUUAAACUUUCUAUAAAUGUAAGUACAGCGUAGUCUUCUAUACACGUGUUUACUGCAAGUCUUCUGCCUCUGGCUUUUCAAUAAAAUUAUUCCCGGUUA